AUGUUGCCAAAGUAUCUUUAUGUGGUUUUGAUCCAGGUCUGCUGCGUUGUCAUUGGACUGGCAGACCCAAUCCCAACUAUUACUAUCCCAUGGGUCACGGAUGGCCCUGACUUCUUUCAAGGCUAUGGCGGAAAGGUUUUAGGCGCGAAAGAUGAAGCCACAACAUACGCGAUCAACUGUCUUCCGGACGCGCAAUUCUGUCACCCAUUUAGCCCUGAUCUGACUGUUAUCUAUGCACCUAGCACAUAUGAUUUGAUUGCCCAGGGCCAGCGAUUUGACCUCAGUUCCGGCUGCACACUCAUUGGCUCUCCAACUGCUACAGGCGCAACCUGCAUUGAGAUAACACACUCCCAUGCUGCAGACUUCUUCGUAUCAAAAACGGUGAUUGUCCCGACCACCGGUGCUGAUUCUAGCCUUGGGAUUUAUCCAGCUCCCUUGCCUGUGACUGAUACUGGAAAUCUCUCGGUGCCGUCCACUGCGAUCAAAAGUAACCCUCCGGUCGAUACUGCUCUGCGUACUGGACAUGAAAGCGUCGCAAUUGCUUCGGAUCCGAGCCCUGCUUCAAACGAUCCUGAGAUUAACACCGCCACUGGGAGCUUGGUGCUUGCGACUUCUGGAGCCUCGGCCAGUUAUCUGAAUGCGACAAUUACUGCGGUAAGCGUGGGAGUGCCUGCUGCGAAUGAAACGUUGCCUGUUGGUACGACUGGCACAAUGACGGUCACUAUGACGGUCCUGGCCAGCAACAUUGCCUGUCACUGUGCAUGUGAUUCUCGAAGUGCGCUUUCUCAGUCCCCUAUGCCUAGCACUUCUCUGGUGGCGAAGAACUACGCAACUAAACCGACGAUGCCUGUGGCGAUGGUGGGUGGGCUAGUCGCCGGAUUCAUGUUGUUGAAUUGA